AUGGCGUUGCCUUCAGAAGAUCGAUCGUGUCACGUUCGUUCAUCAAUUUCCGACGACGCAAUGACAAUUGCUAUUGACCGGUCUUGUCCCCAGUUUGACAUUGCGUCUGUGAAGCCUCUGCAACGCUUGGCGCUGAGUCAACUUGUCCGAGGUGCCAGCCAAGCUACUGACAAGGAGAUAAAGGCUGGAAAGUUUGAAAUCGUAUUUGGAAGCCCUGAAAUUCUAGUUGGACAGAAAACAUGGCGAUUAGCGCUUCAGGAAGGCGUUUUUCGUGAUCGUGUUGUAGCGAUAGUUGCAGACGAAGUUCAUACGGUUGUUCAGUGGGGCGGCCUUGCUAGACCAGAGCUAGUAGAGGAGGAUGAGGAUGAACCGUUUCGUGUCUGGUGCGGUCUUGUUGGAGAGCUAAGGUCUCUGGUGUGCGCUCCAAUUCUAGCCUUGACAGCAACAGCGUCCAAGGCAACACAAGAAAUCAUUGUGAGUUGUUUAGGAAUGUCUGGCAGAUGCUAUGUGAUUACUAAGAGCCCAGAGCGUGAUAACAUCUUCCUAGCUGUGCAGAGAGUACGUUCUGAUGUUGAAGCUACCUUUGAUUUUUUGCUGAGGCUGGUAAAGUCCAAGCAAAUCAACUGUCCAAGGGUGACAAGUCUUACUGGCCAGAAGGUGAUACAAAGGCACAAAAUCGAGUUGUGGAAAUUCGUAGAGAACGCUGGGCAGUUGUUUACCGUACAAGACAUUCAAGCUCUAACUCCAGUCUUUACUGUUGAGCAUGCACAGAACAUUCUAACUAUACUUAAUGAGGUGUCUCUCUUGAAAUUUCAUGUGUACAACAUUAUAGCAGCGCUUGACCUGUCUACUAUCACAAUCAACAUGUCACAAGUCAUAACAUAG